GUACCCCAAAACUUCACCAUCAUUCUUUUCGUGCCCUUCAAGUCGCCUCACCCAACCUAAAAAACCAACCCCUCCUCUCCUACGCAUCCAUAGUAGCUAUCUGCAGGAGCAGAGAGAAAGAAAGAGAGAAGAGAUAAAGAAAUACAGAGAAAGGGAUGGAGUGCGUAUUUGGGUUGGUGGGGGACGGAUUUGCAGUCGUGGUGGCCGACACUUCCGCCGUCCAUAGCAUCCUAGUUCACAAAUCCAACGAAGACAAGAUCAUGAUCCUCGAUUCCCAUAAGCUAUUGGGCGCCAGUGGUGAAUCCGGCGACAGAGUUCAAUUUACGGAGUAUAUACAGAAGAACGUACAUUUAUAUCAGUUUCGAAACGGGAUCCCUCUCACCACAGCAGCCGCUGCCAAUUUCACUCGAGGCGAGCUCGCCACUGCCUUGAGGAAGAAUCCGUACUUUGUCAACAUUCUCCUGGCUGGUUACGACAAGGAAACCGGCCCAUCUCUCUACUACAUCGACUACAUUGCAACUCUCCACAAGAUCGACAAAGGUGCAUUCGGCUACGGAUCCUACUUCUGUCUUGCGCUGAUGGACAGGCACUAUCACAGAGGGAUGUCGGUGGAAGAAGCGAUCGAUCUGGUCGACAAGUGCAUUAUGGAAAUCCGGUCGAGGCUGGUGGUUGCACCACCGAACUUUGUGAUCAAAAUCGUUGACAAGGAUGGUGCGAGGGAGUUUGCAUGGCGUGAAUCAAUCAAAGAUGUGGGUGCUCCAACUGCCUGAGUUUGCUCUUCCUCUUCAAGGGAACUACUGGCCCUUAUUUGUUACUAAUGAAUAGUGAUACUCUUUUCAUAUUUGGGUGUUAGACUGAUGAGCAUUUUAGUUUCAAUUCCAUUGAAUAUGGAUGGGAACUGAAAGAAAGUUUGGCCAGAAAGGGAAAUUAGAGGGAGAGACCCUUUCAAAUUUUA